AUGGCUCCCGCUCAAGCAAUCUUUAGCCAUGACUUCGACACGCCCUUCUAUAAGGGUACUGCGCGCGUUCAUACUGGCUUGUUCAUCAAUAACGAAUGGGUCCAGCCCGUGCAAGGUGGAACAAUCGAUAUCGUCAAUCCAGCGAACGCCAAGAUACUAACACAAGUGUCGAUCGGAACGUCAGAAGAUGUCGAUAUCGCCGUUGCUGCUGCACAGGCCGCCUUCAAGUCCGCAUGGGGACUCAACGUUCCCGGGGCACAGCGAGGGGACCUCCUUAAUAAACUGGCCGAAUUGGUCGAGCAGAACCUGGACGAGUUGACUGCUCUUGAAUGCGCCAAUACUGGCAUACCCCUUGCGUUCCUGAGGACUGUCUUGAUUCCGCGUAUCGUCGGUGAUCUUCGUUAUUUUGCGGGAUGGGCGGGUAAAGUCGCUGGGAAGACUAUUGAGACGAAUCCAGCCAAAUUUGCAUACACGCUCCGGCAGCCCAUAGGUGUCGUGGCGCAAAUAAUCCCAUGGAACGCUCCACUUGCGUUCAUGACCCUGAAAAUUGCGCCCGCACUCGCUUGCGGAUGUUCGAUCGUCCUGAAGCCUUCGGAGAUCACGCCUCUCACGGCACUCCGCAUGUGCGAUCUCAUCAAAUCGGCGGGCUUCCCCCCUGGUGUCGUCAACAUUGUAGUUGGCUACGGAACCACCGUUGGGCGAGCUCUGAGCAGUCACCUGGACGUUCGGAAAGUAUCCUUUAUUGGUAGCGUUGCAGUCGGAAAGGAAGUCGCCAGAUCGGCGGCAGAUAGCAACCUCAAGAAGGUGUCGCUAGAACUCGGCGGAAAGAGCCCUAACGUUAUUUUCGAUGACGCCGAUUUGGACCAGGCUUUGAAGUGGACGGAAUUGGGUAUCUUUGGUAAUUCGGGACAGACAUGCUCUGCAGGUUCCCGAAUAUUCGUGCAAGAAGGUAUUUAUGAUAAAUUCGUUGAAGCCUUCGUAGCAGCUGCAAAGGCGCGCAAGCUUGGUAAUCCUCACUUGCCUGAGACCGCACAAGGGCCCCAGAUUUCGAAAAUUCAAUUCGACCGCGUCUUGGGAUAUAUCGAUAUCGGAAAACAAGAAGGUGCUACCAUUCUCACGGGUGGACGCCAGCAUGGAAAGGAAGGCUUCUUCAUUGAGCCUACUGUAUUCACGAACACGCGGCCAGACAUGAGGAUUGUACGCGAGGAGAUCUUUGGUCCCGUUGGUGUGGUGGUCAAAUUCCGGACGGAGGAAGAGGCGAUUAAAUUGGCAAACGAUACAUCAUUUGGACUGGCGUCUGCCAUAUUCACUCUGAACGUGAAUCGCGCAAUCAGGGUAUCCAAUGCUAUUGAGGCAGGAACGGUAUUCGUAAAUUGCUACAACUGGGUCGAGCCAUCCCUGCCCUGGACCGGCUACAAACAGUCUGGAUGGGGACAUGACAGUGGCGAGGACGCACUCAGUAGUUAUACUGAGGUUAAGUCGGUUCACAUGAAUAUCGGGCUGCAAAUGUAA